GUUUGCUAGUUGUUGAUCAGAGCCAUCGUCAUGGCGGAAGGUUCAUCAUCUCUUUCAGUUCUUCCAAAAAUGGAGGAAGCUGUGAAUAAUCUGUAUGAUUUCCGGGACCAUUACUUUGAAAGGAAUAGUCUCGACAGAGCAAUUCAUAAGGCCAAAGAGCUAGAAGAAGAACUAAGAAAAACUAUCAAACUUCUUGGAGAGCAUCAAGUUGAGACUCCAGACAGGGCAGUAUUUUUCUUUCUGAAAGGCAAAGCAUUAAACGUACUUCCUGAAUUCAGUAAUGAAGCACUUGAGAGUUUAUCUAGAGCAGUAAAACUCGAUCCCAAAAUGGUUGAGGCCUGGAACCAACUCGGAGAAUGCUACUGGAAGAAAAAAGAUGUAGAAACAGCUAGGAAUUGCUUUAAUGGAGCUCUUAAUCAUAAGAAGAACAAGUAUUCAUUAAGGAAUUUGUCGAUGGUUUUAAGACAAAUUGGAAAAACAGACGAGGAGAGAAACAGAGCUAUUCAGCAGAGUAUAGAGUACGCUAAAGAGGCUAUUGAGUUGGAUAUUAAAGAUGGAACAUCAUGGUUUAUUAUGGGGAAUGCUUAUCUAGCUGUGUUUUUUGCUGGAAGUCAGAACCCGGCAAUACUUAAGCAAUGUUUAAGUGCUUACUCACAAGCUGAAAAAGAUCCAGUAGCGAAUUGCAACCCUGAUUUACAUUUUAAUAGAGCAACACUUUAUAAAUAUCAAGAGGAGUAUGAAGAAGCACUGGUAGACUAUGCAAGAGCAAGCGCUCUGGACCCAACAUGGACGGAACCAAAGGAGAAAAUGGAACAGCUAGUCAUCUAUCUAUCAAAAAUUCAAGAUUUAGUUGAGAAAAAAGGAAAGUUAAAACCAAAACGGUUGCAGCAGUUGCUAGGUGCAUUUAAACCAUCUGACCUAGGCCCAUACGGUGGCGGAAUAUUCCAGUCUGCUAAGGGGGACAAAGUAACCUUAGUACCUGUAAAAUUAGAUCAGCUUGAUAAAGGACUCAACAAAGAGAAAGUUAUUUUAGGAAAGGUGGUCUGUAAUAUAAUGCUGGAUGAGCCUAUACCAUUCACAUUUGCUUUGAUCGAUUCUGAAGGGACGUGUUUUGCAGUGAAUAUAUUUAACAUAGCGCAAGGCCAAGGAGUAAUAAUAGGUGAUUCUGUUGCUAUACCAGAACCAUUUGUUAUGUACCAUGAAUUUCAUGCUAGUGAUAAGGUUAUCAAGUUCCCCAGUAUAAGAGUAGAAACACCAGUGGUGAUGGUAGUAAAUGGUAAGAAGUGGGGCCUAGACAAGCAGGCCCCCACGGUACUGUCUGUAUCAGCUAAGUGUGAAUGAGAUAGAGCACCAGGCUUCCAUAGUAUGCUAUUGUAGAUGUGUUAUAGAGGGCGCCACAAGUAUAGCAUUCAAAUGCUCUAGGAGAUUACAAUGCAAGUUAUUAGCAGUACUAUAGCAGAGUGGAAAAAGUGGACCAUCACAGUAUGGCUAUUGGUAGGAGAAAUUGAUGGAUUAAAUAAAUAAAUUCUGAUAAGAAAUAUGGUUUUUAUGAAUUAAUGCAGCAUGUUAUGUAGGUCCAUCUAGCCCUGCCAAAAUAAAAAAGCUCAUUUUCAGAGUAUAUACUUCAAAUAAGCAGCGCCAUCUUAAUCAGAACCAUGGUAUAUCCAGAAACUACAAUUACCUAUGACUAAAAGAAUGCUUUCUAAUGAUUCGUCACCUUUCAUGUUAGAAACUAUAUUCUUAUAUUUUACUGCAAUAAAUAUGAGUGUUUAAUAUAAAGCAGUUGAUUUAUGUAUAAAUAAAUAUUCCUUGUCUUAAGAAAUUGUUAAAAACAAAAUGAAGGACCAAAUUUGUCUUGAUUUUUAUUGUAUUCAAGCCAUGUACUGAAAUUCUCUUAAGUAAUUGAGCCUUAAGCCGGGCACUCGCCGAGUCCGAUGGUCGUCGACCGACACAAUUCUAUAAAGAAUGCGACGCCACAACUUGCGCGCAACGGAUCAUUUUUAAUGACGAUCCAUUGAGACUGCCACCAACAAUCAGCGGACAGUGUCGUGUUGUUGAGUGCUCCCAUGGUGCGCUCCCAUGGAGUGAGUGACUGUCGUAGAACGCAGUUAGUGCCCGGCUUUACUGCGGACCAUUGAAGCAAUACAGAUUCACAUUUUUUAUAUACAUGUUUUUUUCAACGUUGUGCACAGGGUCAGCUUCUUGUUUUUAAGCAUCAUUUACCCUCACUCCAACUAAUCAUACUUUUCGGUGGUCUUGAUUUUGAAUUUUCCGGUGGCUGCAUGUAUUCCAGUCUUUCUGUUUGUUUAAUAUUUCUACCCUAAGAUAUUUGUGCAAUAUAUUUUUACGAAACAUUAAUAAAGUAUUCCUGUUUCUUUUACACUUUCUCUUAUAUAGAUAACAGGUUUGCAGUGUUGCUUAUUUAUGCAGGAAAUAUGAAUCAAUAUGUCAUACAUAAUCUUAAUGUGAAUGGUGUUCACAUUUGCUUGUUUUUGUUAGUCUUCUUAUUUAUUUAUGUAUUAUACAUGCAAAUUUUUAUACAGUAAAAUAAUUUGGUAUGAAAUAACACUUUCAUCAGUACAAACUGGUUUUGUUUUUAUGAUCUUUGUAUAUCACCAAUUGGAGGUAUCAAGUUUAGUAGUGCGAUUUGUUAGUUUAUUGCGGGUUGUGCAACAAGAACUUGAAAAAAAUUUAUGACUUGGUUUCUUAGUUCAGUGGAGAUACCAAAUGAUAAUGGACCUUUCCAGUGUCAAUCAAACAGGGCCAGGAAUGCGUGCACCCUACAAACACACGUUUGGGUACGUUAUUGUUUUGUGGCACCUUAGUAACAAUAUUGAAGGAGGGGGGGGGGUGUGCAGGGCUUAGCGGGAGUGUCUUGUGUUUAAAUCUUGUUAAGGGCAUUAAUUGUUUAGUAGUGUUAUGUUUGCGGUUUACCAUUUACUUCAAUCGUUCUUCCAUUGUCGUCUCUUUUAAAAAAAAUAUGUAAUGGUUACUUUUACUCAGUAAAUUUUAAAGAUCAUUAAAAAGCAAAGCAAACAUA